AUGGUUCACCGCUGGUACUUCUUCGUGAACGAGAGCGCUGGCUGGAAUUGGCUCCACUUCAUUCUGGUGAUUUUGAGCGCCAUGGAUUUGGCCGCUGACUGGGGAGCAGACGAUACCGGGACCAUCAUGUACAUGAGGUCGCUCCGCUUCUGCCGCGUCACGAAGGCGUUCCGGAUUUUUCGAGUGAUGACCUCCUUCCACGAGUUGGCGGCGAUGCUGCGUAGCUUCACGAGCUGUUUGUGGGCGAUGCUUUGGAGCUUCAUGCUGCUCUAUCUACUUCUUUACCUUUGUGCGCUGAUCUUCGCGCAGGGCAUCAGUGAGAGUCUUGCAGACGACGUCUUCCUGGACCAAGAGGAGGCGGUGAGGAAUCACUUCGGCAGUGUGGGGCGGACGAUGCUCUCCCUCUACAUGAGCGUCACGGGCGGUGCAGACUGGAUUAUCUACUACGAGAUCUUGGAAUACACAGGCUUCCUCUAUCCUUGGCUGUUCUUGGCUUUCACCUUCCUCUUCACCUUCGCCUUGGUCAAUAUCCUCACGGCCCUCUUUGUCGAGAAGGCCGUCGAGGGCGCCAAGCCAGAGAGGGAGUAUCGGAUCCUGCAUGAGCGGCAGAAGCUUGCACAUCAGGCGGCCGAGCUGCGAGAACUCUUCUUCAAGAUGGACCUGGCGGCUCGGAGCGGCCGAUCGAACUGGUUGCCGGGACCGGGAGGCAUGCUGGACAGCAACAUCGUCGCCUUCAUGGGCAGUAUCGGUUUGGAGGUCACCGAUGCGGAGUUCUUGUGGAAGUUGGUGGCAGGCGAAGAUGGAGAUUUGGAGAUCACCACCUUCGUCGACACCUGCAUGGCGGUGAGGGGCCAAGCCAGCACCUUAGAUGUCCAAAAGCAGCUCCUCAGCAUUGAGCGCAUCAGCGAGACGCUGCGAGAGUGGGAAAGGCGCUUUUGGCCACUCCUCCACGAGGCGGUGGUUGCACCGCUGCACCACUCACGGGUCCUCAGGAGUGAAGGUGAGAAGUUGAGAUCAUCCCUAGAAAUCCAUUGGUUCCUAUAG